UUCAGAAGUUGAAGACUCAGAAGAGUCAGAAACCCCCAGCCAACCUCGGUCACCACCCGUGUUCACCCUCAUUACCACCAGCGGCAGCACCACCAUGACUUUCAACGGCAACUGGAAAGUGGACCGCAAUGACAACUAUGACAAGUUCAUGGAGCAAAUGGGUGUCAACAUGGUGAAAAGGAAGCUUGCGGCCCACGACAAUCUAAAAAUUACCAUCGAGCAGAACGGAGACAAGUUCCACGUGAAGGAGAGCAGCAAUUUCCGCACUCUGGAAAUCGACUUCACCCUGGGGGUCAACUUCGAGUACAGUCUGGCUGACGGCACCGAAGUCUCUGGCUCAUGGACGCUGGAGGGUGACACGCUGAAGGGCAUCUUCACCAGGAAAGACAACGGCAAGCAGCUAACAACCACAAGAAUUGUGCAAGGAGAUGAGCUCAUACAGAGCUACAGCUACGACGGCGUGGAUGCUAAAAGGAUUUUCAAGAGGGCUUAGGUUUAGUGAACCUUGCCAGGGGGUUACAGACAAUUUUUUGUGACUUACCGCAUAACUUGUACAAUGUGCACUGUGUGUCAUGCCUCAGGUAUGUACGCCCACCCACAACCCCCACCCCACCUCCCAGAAAGAAAAACAAUUAAAUUAAUUGCACUGGAUUUUGACUUUGUCGUCAUUAAUAACUCUAUCAUACUCUCAUUGUUUAAACAUAAAUCAAGCAUCCCCAAAACCAUUUUUGCGGAUGAUUUUUUUUUUGUUCAGUCAUAAACUGCCAUAAGCUCUUUAUAUUUGUUGCAAGUCUGUUUUGUUCUUUAUAUUAAGGUGAUAUGUACAAUGGAUGUCGACGCUAGCAGCCAUGCAAAUGGCUAAAACGGCAAUCGGAAAACUGGUUAUGUCACCUUGUUUCGUAGCAUCAUCAGUAUUCUGUUUUACUAAUAUUCACAUCUCUCAGUCCGUGGUUCUUUUCAGGUUUUGGUGUCAAACAUUCCUGGUAGGCUUUAUCACGCAACUGUGAUUUCAAAGGAAUGUAUUUGUGCUCUGUUUUUGCCGUCUGCAAGUUGCCUGGCAAAGCAAGACAUCAGUCUGAGAGCGUGAAAAGUCAUGAUACUGUAUUUGUGCGCGACACAAAAGCCUGAAAAAGAAGCACAGAGUAAGAGUGGCAGUUUUUGGUCUGUGCAGCCACUUAGGAUUUUGU